UGAUUCCAGUGUCUGGUGUUGAUUAAAUUUCUUUGUGAAUAUUUAUUCCCUUAAAUGUGUCAAUCAAUUUAUGAUAUUUUCCAAUUCAUUUUGUUUGGUUGAUUUGAUUGUGAUUCUCAUCUAAAUUAACUCUUACCAAUUUAAUCUUCUAUUUACUUUAAAUAUUUCAAUUUAUUUCUCGACUAUUCGCCUGAUUUGAUCACUGGCAUCACUUUCAUCAAUUUAAUCAAUAAUCGUCAAAGUUAAUCUUUAGGUGAUUAACAACAAUGGUCUUAGGCCUAAGCUCUGCCUUUUUUAUUCAAUGGUUUAUUCAUUCAUUCAUCCGGAUGAUAAAAACCUCCAUUGGUUGGGUUACAAAAUAAUAUACUGACAUUUCACAGCAACAGUUGAGCAGAGAUUUUCGGAUGAGAGGGACUUCCACCACCAAAGAAGAAGAAGAAGAAGAAGAUGAGAGGAAAAGGAAAAGGAGGAAGAUGAAGGAAAAUAAAGGAGAGGAGAAAAUGAUGGCGAAAUAAAGGAAAAAGAGAAUUUAAAGAGAAAAGGAGAGACGACACAAGAGGAAGAAGAGAAAAGAAAAUCAAGCCCAGGAUGUGAGCGAAGGAGUUUGGGUGGAAAAUGUUGAUGAUAAAGAUGAGAAGGAAAUACAAAUAUAAAAGAUGAAAACAAAGAGAAUGCUGGUAAUCAAUGAUUCUGAUAAAAGUAAAUGCGUGUUAUCAUAUUUUGACAUAAAUGUUUUCAUAUUUAUCAUUUUCUCUCCAUUGAAUAACAGCUAAAUGAUUUUUUCUCCAUCUUCUUAAUCAUCAUCUCCAAGAACUGGAAACUUAUAACAUGAUUGGUUCCUGUGGUUAUUAUUACUAAAGAUGUUGCUGAUAUUUGGCUGGUUGAUCGAAGAGCAAAAAUAACGAAUAUCGAAAGAGAUUCAAAGUUUUUUCUCCCUUCAUUCACCUUCCAUGAUAAUCUGUCAAAUCCCCACUCUACUCAUGGCUCAUUACUGAAUAAUAUCAAAGAUAAACUUUAGUUUGUUGUCUAUUGGUUAUCCAAAGAAGGGAAAACAUUUACCUCUACAGUUGUUGUUAUACUUUAUCAUGGAUUUUUCUCUCAAAGAACAUCGAACUUGCAUGAUAAAGAUGAUAGUUCUAAGAUGUAGUUCGAAAAUAACUGAACAUGAACAAUUUUAAUCACAACUCACUAAGCUUACGAUUUAUAAAUCAAAGUGUUCGAAGCUCAAUUCUGCCGGUAACUUAAUGGAAACUCGAGAUAUACAAGUUAAUUUACAUGAUCGAAAGUUAAUCAUCCUGGAACAUCGUCUAUUCAAGACUGGAUAAAAUAUGGAAUCUCUAUUGAUAUCAAUCAUGUUAAUCAAUGUUCACAAUCAAUUUAAUCAUUUCAAUGGAGAUGAUAAAAACUUCCUGAUGAAUACAAUAGACUAGUGAUUGAUAUUAAGUUAACAAUGAAGCCUAUCAAACGUUUUCAUUGAUUCUACUAUGAAACUUUGAUUGGCAAUUUUGUUAAUUGUACAAUUUAUUGGAUAAUCAAAUGAUUAUUCAAUAAAUUACUGGUAUUGUGAAAAUUUGAUCACAAUUGAUCAGACUUCUGAUCAUUUUAAUCAAUUUGAUUUGCAUCGAAAUUAAAUCGAUCAAAUCAUCUUUGUUUCAUUCAAUUUAAUUGUAACAAUUAAAUUGUUUUCGCACAGGAACUUGUAGCUCCAUCUAGCGAUAAUCAUUUUAAUAGAAUAAUUGUUGAUUUUAAUUUCUUUCUAUUCCAAAGCAAUUAAUUUUUUUUCUUCUCGAUUUUCAGGUUAAUCAAUAGGUCGAAAAAUUAACUCUAUUCUAAAUUAGUUGGAAAUGAACUUUAAUACUUUUCGCAAGCCUGAAAAUCAAUGAACGAAAAAAAAAUCAAGUUAAACCGAUUCAGUUUGUUGCUUUGCUACCAACAAUCAACAACUCUCAUUGUUUCCGUGAUAAUUUACCAGGAUUUCACCUUAAAUUUAAGUUGAACAAUUUAAUCCAAGAGAUUAGUGAACAAUAAUAUUUCCACAAUGACGGAUUGUUAUGAUUGUUUGGGUCGGACUGUUUGGUAUUCAUUUCUAGUUUGGUUUCUAUUCAAAGUGAUUCGUCUUGUUUAUACUAAUCUAUUGGCUCCAACCUUUGGCUUAGGUGUUAAAUGGCGACCUGGACCUGAUAGUUGGGCCGUUGUGACAGGUUCAACCGAUGGAAUUGGUCUUGAAUAUGGUAAACAAUUAGCUAACAAAGGAUAUAAUUUACUGUUGAUCUCAAGAACUCAAUCCAAGUUGGAGACUGUUGCUGAUUCCAUUAAAAACGAUUGCCCUAAGGCUCGUAAGGUUGAGACUCUUGCCUUUGACUUCAGCUCAACGGAUUACACGAAAAUCGAGGAGAAGAUCAAUUCUUUGUAUGGUAAUAUUGAUGUUCUGGUGAACAAUGUUGGUGCUUCUUAUGAAUAUCCAGAAUAUUUCACCAAAAUGGACUCAUCGGCUACCGAAAAGCUCAUAAAUAUCAACAUAAUUUCGGUCACUAAGAUGACCCAUUUGACUUCCAAAAUGGAGGCCGCUCGAAGAGGAAUCAUUAUCAAUAUCGCUUCUUAUGCCGGUUCACUGCCCACUCCAUUGUUGGCCGUUUAUUCAGCUACCAAAGUCUAUGUCGAUUAUUUAUCUCGGGCUUUAUAUUUGGAAUAUGAGAGAAAAGGAAUCGUAAUUCAAAGUGUUCUUCCCGCUUUCGUUGCCACUUCCAUGAGUCGCAUGAGACCCUCGUUGACCACACCUUCAGCUAAAACUUACGUUCGAGCGACUCUUGCAACCGUUGGAAUCGAAAGACGAACCUACGGAUUCUGGGCCCACAAAUUGUACGGUUGCGUCACAACCACAGCUAAUUGUAUUGUUCCCAUCGAGGAUUUCAUGUCCAAAAUUUCAAUGAAAACACUUGAAGGAUUACGGAGAAAAGCUUAUAAAAAGCAUAAUAAGAAAGACACUUAAUCAGUGUUAAUUGUGAUAAUCAAACACCACCAACAUCAACGUCAGUGAUGUUCAGCCUGUUUCGAUACUCGUGGGAAUCUGGUGACUAUUUUUUUCGUGGUAUCAAUUUUUUGCUGGUAAAAUCUAUGAAAUAAUUUAAUACAAUUACUUUGAUUUUAAAUCAAAUGAAUUUUUUUUCAAAAAACCAAAUUUUGUUACAAAUAAAUCAUUUCUAUUCAAAUAACAAUAA